UAAAUUUCGUGUUUAUUCUUUAGAAUUAGUAUUCACAAAUCCAAUAUGACCUCGGAAUUGUGCCGAUUGUGUCUCUCCAAAGAACGCCUGAGACCAAUAUUUACUAAUGCAUCUUUUAGUGACAAAAACAGCAAUAUUUUAGCUAUGACUACCGGACUUCAAAUAAAUAUAAACGACGGUCUACCCCAGCACAUUUGUAGUUCAUGCGAAGAAUUAGUUAACUCCUCUCUCAACCUCCGAAGCCAAAGUCAAGCAGCUGAGCAGAAGCUUCUUGCAAUGGGCUACAGAAAACUUGAAAUUCACAACAGUGCUGACAAUCAAACCCUUUCACCAGACAGUAUUAGUAAAGUUGAUGAUACAACACUGGGCUCCUUCAAUACCACACUAGAAAUUGAUUCAGAAUUAGACAGUAAAAGUUUAACAGACUUUGAUGUAGAAGAUAAAAGUAUAGAACUACAAAAUAUAACAACAGAAUCUAACAUAAAACCAAAAGUUGAGAAAGAAUGUACAGUAGAAAUAACAAAAUCUUCAAGGAAAGAAAGAAGGGAAGCUUAUUUGAGUCUUGUCGAAGGCCAGAUGAAUCCGAAAGGUCCCGUCACAUGUAAAGUGUGUAAGAAGACUGUCAACUCAUGGCCCUCAUUUGUGAGCCAUGCCAAACUACAUUUAGGGUUUAAAUUUGUUUGCGAGUACUGUGGCAAGAGUUUUGUGUCAUCGACCCAGCUGAACCGCCACUGCCGGUCUCACCACGGCAUGGAGCGGAACCUACGAUGCAGCAGCUGUGACUACCUCGCACUAGACAACACCCAGCUUGUGCUACACGAGCGGCGCGUGCACACGGGGGAGCGUCCGUUCGCGUGCGCGCAGUGCGGCGCCGCGUACCACAGCCGCCGCUGCCUGCUGCAGCACCUGGAGAGCCACCAGACCAGCGCCACGGUGCAGUGUGAAAAGUGUCCUCAAAUGUUCAAAUCGCGCCGCCACCUAGCGCGCCACACGUACAGCGCACACACAAGCAAGCAGUUCACAUACAAGUGUCCUGUUUGCGCACACGUAUACAGGAACAUCAAGUAUAUUAGGGUCCACUUGAAGAAGCUACACGGACUGACUACUAGUGAUGCGAAGAUUAUCAAGAUCAAGUUAUAGCUGUUGUUUUUGUGGAGAAGAAUUAAAUGUCUUCCAAACAAAGGUUGUCUGCUAGAG